UUUUAUGUCCUGCUGCGGGUCACUCAUUCAGAAGUGGAUUGUUCGAAUACUUUAAAUAUGAAAAGUAACGGGAAAGAUUGUAAACAUGUGAAUUAUUGUUGUGUACCCCCUUGUGAUUGUUAGGCACAGAAACAAAAGCAGGUAAACUCCUCAAGUAUUGGUUGAACAGUGCUGUGAGUUAUCGGAGACUAAAUUUCAGAUUACAAAGGUGACUGGUGACAUUAAUGUAAAAUGUUUCGAAAGCUGUAUCGGUCUCGUCGUCUGCUGAUAAGUCUGGGCAUCGCAAUGUUGAUAGCAUUUCACUUGACAUCAUUCUUCUACCCUUCUCACACACACAGCGUGUAUAUAAUAGCUCCCUCCAUGGAACUUGGGGGGAAUCAGCAGGCGAACCGAACAAAUCCAGUAUCUGAUCCUCAAAGUAAUUAUGACAGUAAAGUUGAAACUAUUAAAAUGCCCAAGACUUUAAACAUUUUGACGAUUCCUUCUAAGCUUCAAGGCAAAGAACUACCAAAAACGAACACUUCAGGGACUAAAAAUCUGGUCAAACCAAAACUUUUGAAUGACUAUACAGUUUCAAGACCAACUCAGGACAAGAAAACGCAAAAAACAAUCAAGUUAUUGACUCAUAUUGAAGUGAAUAGGACUAGAUCAUACUACAAAUAUCUGAUCAAUUUGACGGAUAGCUCAACUUAUGAAAAAUACUUACAGACAGUGAUGGCCAAUGACUCCAGUUGUCAGAACGCCAGUUCCUAUGACGCUAUAAUGGCGGUCCACUCAGCCCCAAACAAUGUUGCUAAGAGAGAUAUGUUUCGAUGGUUGUAUUCAGACUACCAGAAGACUUCUCCGUACAAGAUUAAGGUUCUGUUUUUUAUCGGUCUUGUCAAAAGUCCAAGCCUCCAGUCCCAACUGACCAAUGAAAGUCUUACUUUUGGAGAUUUGGUCCAAGGGAGUUUCUUGGACGCCUACAAGAACCUGACGUACAAAGCCAUGUUCUCUUACAAGUGGAUAGACAAACACUGUUCCGGCCUGAAGCUGCUCAUUCGCUCGGAUGACGAUGUGUUCAUGGAUGUUCAUAACUUGUUCUCUCACUGGCGCGGCCUGGACGACGUCACCAACAACACGAUCACCUGCGACAUCGUCCAGAACGACAUCGUGUGGCGCACGGGGAAGUGGCUCCUGAAGACAUCGGAAAUCGCCGAAGACACUUUCCCGUUCCCGCACUGCCGAGGCUACUUAGCGUUGGUGACCCCUGACCUUGUGAGCAGGAUGGGAGAAACGAUGAGGCUGACUCCUUUCUUUUGGAUUGAUGACGUCUUCGUCUACGGCUUUGUGGCCCAAAAAGUUGGGGCCACUUAUGUUUCAGUGGACAACCGAAUGGCCAGGUGGAAUGAAUCCAAGUUUACGACUUGCUUUGAAAAGCUCGGCCGGAAGUGCAGUCUGUUGUCUGUACUAGCGAAACCAGAUCAAUUUAAAUAUCUAUUUUCUUUAACACGCAAUAGUACAGCGACAUAGUAUAAACCCCAUGUUUACGUUCAAGUUAUUAUUAUUGCUAGGAUUGCUUUAAAAUAGAUCGCCUUUCAUGCUGCUCUAGCACGUGCAAG